UAUUUCAGGUUGUGUUUCCAAUAUUUAGCUACCAUAUUUUAUCACAUUAUGCCGCAAGUGCGAUGAGCCUGGUUUGUUUACAUUUUUUAACAUAAAAUACAAGAUCGGGCUAUGAUGAGGUGGGAGCAAGGCCCUAGAACGGUGGGAGCAACAGGGGGAUGGUGCAGUGAUUGAUCUCGACGCAAUUGCUGUGACAUGGGAACGUAAAGCCCCGUCAUCGUCUGCGUGGGUCGCCACCAACCGCUGAGCCGCGUCUGCCGGCCGCUAUCCCGUGACCGUCGGCCCGCCGGUGUAUGGCCGGCGGCGCCCGUCUGCUGCGCCUCCUCCUCCGCCGGGUCAAGCUCCUGCUUCGCUCGCAGAGGCUCACGCACCGGCCACAGAGUUAUCCGUCUAGUCCGCGGGUAGCAUACGUUGAGCUCGUGUCCACGGAGAAGGCUGGCGGCCUCCUGACCACCUCAGAGGUCACCCAGUCCGCCGGCCUUGUGACCUCAGAACCGCCCAAGCAGCCACUCGGGGACACCACCUCGCACCGGAGCCCGCGCACGCUCCAGGUCCCACCCAUCUGGCGCGUCACUCCGCCGGCCGGCCGACCGGUCGAGCCCCUGCCCCCGAAGGCGUGCGGCGCCAGCCACUGGGAGGCCGAGACGUCCGCCGAAAACGAGGAUCAGCAGCAGGACUCGGACAUCAUGGACGAAACGGACCGCAUGGCGCAGCUGGAGCGCAAGAACUCGGAGCUACAGCGGGAGCUGACCUCCGUGCAGGACAUGCUGUCCACCUCGCGGGCCGAGCGGGACGAUAUCGGCAUCAAGUACGGCGCCCUCACCGACCGGCUGGAUCGCAUGAUGAAGCCGGCGGAGGAGGCGCUGGCGUACGAACCGAGCACCUCUCGAGCCGCCUCAGCGGGCCGCACUGACGCCGUCCGAUCCACCGCCAUAGACACGUUGGGGCGUGGACGCCGCUUGGAGGAGGAGAACCAGGCGUUCCGGCGCCGGCUCGGGACCUACCAGGAGUCGCAGCGGCAGCAGGCGCUGGUCGUCAACAAACUGCAGGAUAAGGUGCGCCAGUACAAGCAGCGCUGUAGCGAGCUGGAGGAGCGUAUGACGGACUCGGGCCGUCGGCUGGCCGCCUCCGACCAGCAGCUGCAGCAGCGCCAGCAGGAGCGGCUGCAGACGAGCGAGCGGCAGCAUGACCUUGAUCUCGAGACGGCUCUGGUCCGCCUGGAGGAGGCUGAGAACAGAUGCGUAACGCUCUCGGACGUGAACGGUCUGCUGCGCGAACAGCUGGACGCGGCGCAGGAGGCCAACGAGGCGCUGACGGGAGAGAUCCAGAAGCUGACGGCCGACUGGCAGCGGCUGCGCGACGAGCUCGAGCACAAGGAGCUCGACUGGAAGGAGGAGGAGCAGACCUUCAACGAGUACUACAACGCCGAGCACGCGCGCAUGCUGAAGCUCUGGAAGGAGAUCGUCGGCUUCCGGCGCGACUUCAGCGAGCUGAAGCUGGGCACGGAGCGCGACUUGAGCCGGGUGCGCUCCGAGAUGGCGCGGCUGGCCCGUCAGACAGCCGACGCCUGCAGCACCGUGCACACCGGAGCGGCGGCGCCCAGCCCCGGCGGCGUCACGCCGCAGCCGGCCGGCCAGGGCCCGGUCACCAGGAAACAGGUCUCACAGAUAUCGGCCGCCUUCUCCAAUGCCAGCAUGUGGGAAAAGCUGCAGGAUGUUCAAAAGCAGGAGACUACCUUCCGCGUCAAGAAGCGCGAACUGGAGACCAAAAUUAAGGACCUCAGCAACCAGGUGGACAUCGCCCGCAGCGAGAUCGUCGAGAAGGACAAGAUUGUGACGUCCCUCAACAAGAUGGUGCACACUCUGGAGUCCAACACUGCCGAGUUGGGUCAGAAGCUCGAGUCUCACCGACACGUGGCCGAGGAGAACGACGUGCUGACGCAGGCUAUCCGCGAGGUAGCCCAGCUGGUGGUGGAUGACGCCGAGCGGACUGGGGAGCCCGAGGACAAGGUCACCGUGCUGGUCAAGUCCACCUCGCUGGCCAGAACAGAGACCCGGCGGCUGCUUGGCGGACGUAUGCCUUCACAGUGUUUCCGGACGGGCCAGGCGCGCACGGACCUCUUGAGGCCGUGUGCGCCACGCCGCGCCGCCGUUAGCGAGACGUGA